AUGGCGCCGGGCAGUUUGAGGUACAGCAAGUCCUCACAUCCUUCGACCCUCUUACUGAGCCUUUCGGUGCAGAGGUAUGGUUCGGCGGUCUGGUCGUUUCUAGCCCCGCAUCAGUGCGGCAGAGACAGACAGCCUGAGCCUGUGCUGAUGACAACCUCGCGCGAUUUCUUCCUCUGGGCUUGCGACCACGACCACGACUGGAAACCUCCGCAUAGCAACUGCAAUAAGAACAACAACAGCAUCGCCCUCAUCGUCGUCAUCAUCACCAUAAUCAUCAUCAUGACGGCGUCGCCACCGCCGCAUUGCAAUUCCUAG